CGGAAACGGAUUAGUUUACCGUGCGGAAGGAUCACCUCUGCGUGACUCUCCGGAGCUCCUUCCUCACUUUCCCUCUGCAGGAGCCGGCGUGGUGAACUGAAGCCCGGUCACAAAAGCCAUGUUCAGACUCCUCAGUCACGGAGGUCAGAGGUCGCGCCGCUGCCUCUCAGUUCAGCGCAGAUAUGAUCACCAUCGAGCCGUCAUGGCUAUCCGCCGCGAGGACAUCAACCCCUGGGAGAGGAGGGCGCCGCUCGCACCGAAACACGUCAAAGAGCUGACCAACGCCGGAGUCAAAGUGCUGCUGCAGCCGUCCAAUCGGAGAGCAAUACACGAGAAGUACUACAUGAGGGCGGGGGCCGUGGUGCAGGAGGAUCUUUCCGAGGCGUCUCUGAUCAUCGGGGUGAAACGACCCCCCGAGGAGAAAAUUAUCCCCAGGAAGACGUACGCUUUCUUCUCCCACACCAUCAAAGCUCAGGAGGCCAACAUGGGGCUGCUGGAGGACCUGCUGAGCAAGGAGGUUCGUCUGAUCGACUACGAGAAGAUGGUCGAUGCUAACGGUUUCCGGAUCGUAGCGUUCGGUCAGUGGGCCGGCGUGGCAGGAAUGAUAAACAUUUUGCACGGUUUGGGGCUUCGCUUCCUGGCUCUCGGGCACCACACUCCCUUCCUGCACAUCGGCAUGGCUCAUAACUACAGGAGCGUGAGCCAGGCCAUUCAGGCAGUGAGGGAUUGUGGGUAUGAGAUCUCCAUGGGGCUCAUGCCCAAAUCCAUCGGCCCCGUCACGUUUUGUUUCACCGGAACCGGAAACGUCUCCAAGGGAGCCCAGGACAUCCUUAACGAGCUUCCUGUUGAAUACGUUGAGCCUCACGAGUUGAAGGACGUCUCGGAAAUUGGAGAAAUGUCCCGAGUGUACGCCACCGUGCUGAGUCGUCAUCACCACCUGAUGAGGAAGAGCGACGGCUUCUACGACCCCAUGGAGUACGAGGACCACCCGGAGCUUUACACCUCGCACUUCAGGACCAGCGUGGCGCCCUACACCACCUGCCUGAUUAACGGGGUUUACUGGGACCCCCACACCCCCCGCCUCCUCAGAAGAAUCGAUGCCCAGAAGUUGAUCAGACCUCUGAAGAAGUCGCCUCCGGCCACAGAGGGAGCUCCACACCUGCCGCACAAACUUCUGGCCAUCUGCGAUAUCUCCGCUGACACCGGGGGAUCCAUAGGCUUCAUGAACGAGUGCACCACCAUCGAUAAACCCUUCUGUAUGUACGACGCCGACCAGCACGUGGACCACGACAGUGUGGAGGGUAACGGGAUCCUGAUGUGCUCCAUCGAUAACCUCCCCGCUCAGCUUCCCAUCGGAGCCACGGAUUAUUUUGGAGACCGGCUCUUCCCGUACCUCUGGGAGAUGCUGCCGUCAGACGCCAGCCGCCCGCUGGACGAGGAAGACUUCAGCCCGCAAGUCAGAGACGCCGUCAUCACCUCGAACGGAGUCCUCACCCCGAAGUUUGAAUACAUCAACAAACUACGAGAGCGGAGAGAGAAGGCUCAGAUCAUGAAGAAGACGGGGAUGAGACGCGUUCUGCUGCUCGGGUCGGGGUACGUCUCCGGACCCGUGGUGGAGUAUCUGACCCGAGACAAGACCACUCAGGUCACUGUGGCGUCGAUGAUGCUGCGGCAGGCGGAGGAGCUGGCGGAGAAAUAUCCCAACACCAUCCCCGUGAUGCUGGACGCAGGCAGUCAGGAGGGACACCUGGACUCUCUGGUGAAGGACCACGACCUGGUCAUCAGCCUGCUGCCCUACUCUCUCCACCCUCUGAUAGCCAAACACUGCAUCAGGAGGAAGGUGAACAUGGUGACAGCGAGCUACCUGAGCCCCGCCAUGAAGGAGCUGCAGAGCAGUGCGGAGGAGGCGGGCAUCACCAUCGUGAACGAGAUGGGUCUGGACCCCGGCAUCGAUCACAUGUUGGCCAUGGAGUGUAUCGACAAGGCCAAAGCUGACGGCUGCACGGUGGAGUCGUACAGCUCGUUCUGCGGAGGUCUUCCUGCUCCCGAGUGUUCGGACAAUCCUCUCCGUUACAAGUUCAGCUGGAGUCCGUACGGAGUCCUUCUGAACACCAUCAGCCCCGCCAUCUUCCUGCAGGACAACCAGGUGGUGGAGAUCCCAGCCGGCGGCUAUCUGAUGGAGUCCAGCACCUCCAAGGAUUUCUUCCCGGGGUUCAACCUGGAGGGAUUCCCCAACCGAGACAGCACCAUAUACGCUGAGUCGUACGGAAUCCAGAGCGCACACACACUGAUCAGAGGGACACUGCGCUUCAAGGGCUUCACGAAGGCCAUGACUGGCUUUGUGAAGUUGGGUCUGAUCAACAGUGAGCCGUGUCCCGUGCUGCUGCCCACCUCGCCCCCUGUUUCCUGGAAAGAGUUGCUCUGUAAGCAGAUGGGUUUGUCCUCUUCUGUCUCUGACGAAGCCUUCGAGGAAGCCGUGUACGAACGCAUCGGGAAAGACGACUUCGCCAUGGAAACCCUGAGAUGGUUUGGGAUGCUGAGCGAAGAGUCGGUGCUUCACGCCGACAGUGUGCUGGCCGCGCUCGCAAAACAUCUGGAAGGAAAACUCUCCUUUGCUGAGGGCGAGCGGGAUAUGAUCAUCAUGAGGAACGACGUGGGGCUCCGCCACCCGACCGGAGAGCUGGAGACCAAACACAUCAGCCUGGUGGUGUACGGGACCCCCAACGGGUUCUCCGCCAUGGCCAAGACCGUCGGAUACCCAGCAGCCAUUGCAGCACGCAUGGUCCUUGAUGGUGAAAUCACUACGAAGGGUCUCGUGGUUCCGAUGUCAAAGGAAAUCUACGAGCCGGCGCUGGCCCGACUGAAGGAAGAAGGACUUCACUUCAUGUCUAAGAGCGACCUGCAGGAGUAGUUCUGUAAUCACUGUAUAUACUAUCCAACACAUCCAGAGAAAACACAUUAGAUCCACAUGCUACCAGCUACCAGCUGCCUUUUCACCAACUUCAUCCAUACUGGAUCUCCUGACAGACUCUCCUGUUUAAAAUUAGAUUUAUAACUCACCUGCCAGGCGCUGACAAAAUAAAUAUGAAUAAUCGCAGAGUUUUUGGGGGAAUAUUUGAAUAUGUGAACGGUUAAAAGGUAAAAAAGGGUUUAAACUCCCUAAAGUUCUUAUUUAUUGUGUUGAAUUUCAAUUUUAGGGACAGUUAGAUUUAGAUUUGAAGUCAAAAAGCUCAUUAAAGGGAAGCAGGGGUCGGCUGUAUCAUACAAUAAAAGCUCUUCUGUGAAGAUCUGUAAAAGGUUGACUAAUCAAACACUAUUUUAGGCAUUCAAAGCAAUAAAUAACACACACUUUCAUCAGGUAAAACUGCCUUGAACUGCCUUAAGUGUUAGAAAUCCCUUUUUAGAUGAUGACUGUUCCAUGUCUUAAACCGUCCUUAUUUCCCCUCCAUGGUUUCAAACAGCAUCUGCUUCAAUUAAAAAUCCAUUAAAACGAGCUCAAUAGUGCACUGACCUUCAAACUGUGAUGCAUUUCAAAAAGAAGUGUCACACUCUGGACACAAGUGAUAGAAAUGAAACCGUCCAACAUAGAAAACGUUGAAUAAAAUCAAUUAACAGAAUAUGAUUUAGCCUCAGAGGUAGUCGUCCACUGUACUAAAUACCAAAGAAGCUGAGAGCAGCUGCUAGUGAUUAUUUCCAGCUUGUUUUGUACGGGAUCACGAGUCAAUAGUGUUUAUUUUGUUCUGCUCAUGUCUGAAAUAUAUAUAGAUAAUACUAGUUAAGCUUUACGGAAGAGGAUUAUGGCCACAUGUGCUUUUUUUCUUCUUCUUCUGAGCAAAAAGUCAGAAUUGCGAGUAAAACAUGUUGUUUUUUCUCUCCAGAAAAUCGCAGAAUUUAUGAAUUAUGAAUCGUUUUCGCAAAAUUCAUAAAGAUAUUCCCUUUUUAAACAGUCGGAUGUCAAAAGAAAACUCAUAUGUUGCCCUAAUCCUCUUACGUGAACGCUUUAUUGGUAAUGAAACCCAAAAUAAAGCGCCUGUGUGAAGUUUCCCCAGAGUGGAUAUGGAGUAUUUAUUGUCUACAAACUGAGCAAUAUUUAUUUGUGUUGUUGGCGAUGAUGUGGUCACCUUGUAAACGGUUUGUAAGAUGCUUUAAAUGGUUAAAAAAACAAAGAGAGAUUUUAUACACACCUGAGAUGUAUUUUUUAAAAUAAUAUAUCCAGAUCCUAUACCUGACAUGUAGAUUAUAUGUGGGACUCCAGAGGGUUUUUAAAAUGCAGAUUUUAGGAGUAUUUCAGGUUAGUGUUCGGAGUAUUGCUUUAAUUUACCUCGCGGUAAAACACGCUUUUAUUAUUUUUAAUAUUUCAGUUGACACUCAUGAUAAAAAGCUUGUUUUGAUAGAAGAUGUUUGCUUUAUGAAAAUGUAAACAUGCUUACAUGAAUACAAAUCUUUCUGUGAUGUGCUUUCAUUAUUUGAAAAAGGGAAAAAUAAAGUUAUCUCUGAAUGUA